UCGGGAAGCCGCGAACGCCACCGAAUGUCUGCACACCUCGCUCUGUCUGCCAUGGCUGGUUAAAGAACCACCCGGAUCGCAGCGCGGAGGGAGGGCCGGGUGGGGGGAGAGCGGCGGCCGCGCGUGAGGCCGAGGGAGGGGCGGCGGCGCGAGCGGCAGCGGCGGCGGUUCCAGCAUGAAGAGGAGAGCUGGCCUGGGGGGCAGCAUGAGGUCAGUGGUGGGCUUCUUGUCCCAGCGGGGCUUGCAUGGGGACCCCCUGCUCACUCAGGACUUUCAGAGGAGACGCCUGCGGGGCUGCAGAAACCUCUACAAGAAGGACCUCCUCGGCCACUUCGGUUGUGUCAAUGCCAUUGAAUUCUCCAACAAUGGAGGCCAGUGGCUGGUCUCAGGAGGAGAUGACCGCCGGGUUCUGCUAUGGCACAUGGAACAAGCCAUCCACUCCAGGGUCAAGCCAAUACAGCUGAAAGGAGAGCACCAUUCCAACAUUUUUUGCCUGGCUUUCAACAGUGGGAAUACCAAAGUGUUCUCUGGAGGAAAUGAUGAGCAAGUUAUCCUCCAUGAUGUUGAAAGCAGUGAGACAUUGGACGUGUUUGCUCAUGAAGAUGCAGUAUAUGGCUUGUCGGUGAGCCCAGUGAAUGACAACAUUUUUGCCAGUUCCUCAGAUGAUGGCCGGGUUCUCAUUUGGGAUAUCCGAGAGUCUCCCCAUGGAGAGCCUUUCUGCCUGGCAAACUAUCCAUCAGCCUUUCACAGUGUCAUGUUUAACCCUGUGGAGCCCAGAUUAUUGGCUACAGCCAAUUCAAAGGAAGGAGUGGGACUCUGGGAUAUUCGAAAACCUCAGAGUUCUCUCCUGCGCUACGGUGGCAACCUGUCCCUCCAAAGUGCCAUGAGUGUGCGAUUCAACAGCAACGGGACCCAGCUCCUGGCCCUGCGGCGUCGCCUGCCCCCUGUGCUCUAUGACAUCCACUCCCGCCUGCCUGUGUUCCAGUUUGACAAUCAGGGUUACUUCAACUCAUGCACUAUGAAAAGCUGCUGUUUUGCAGGAGAUCGUGACCAGUAUAUUCUUUCAGGCUCUGAUGACUUCAACCUGUACAUGUGGAGAAUUCCUGCAGAUCCAGAAGCAGGUGGCAUUGGUAGGGUGGUCAACGGAGCCUUCAUGGUGCUGAAAGGGCAUCGGUCAAUUGUUAACCAGGUUCGAUUUAAUCCCCACACCUACAUGAUCUGCUCUUCUGGUGUAGAAAAGAUUAUCAAGAUCUGGAGCCCCUAUAAGCAGCCAGGAUGUACUGGAGACCUUGAUGGUCGGAUUGAGGAUGAUUCCCGCUGCCUCUAUACCCAUGAAGAGUACAUCAGCCUUGUGCUGAACAGUGGGAGUGGCCUGUCACAUGACUAUGCCAACCAGUCAGUCCAGGAGGAUCCCCGGAUGAUGGCCUUCUUUGACUCCCUAGUCCGCCGAGAGAUUGAGGGCUGGAGCUCUGACUCAGACAGUGACCUCAGUGAGAGCACUAUCCUCCAACUUCAUGCAGGGGUCAGUGAGCGCUCAGGCUACACUGACUCAGAGUCCUCGGCCUCCCUACCCCGCUCCCCACCUCCCACAGUGGAUGAGUCUGCUGACAAUGCCUUCCACCUGGGGCCCCUGCGGGUCACUACGACAAAUGCAGUGACAUCAACUCCAUCAACACCCACAUGUGAGGAUGCAGCCUCUCGCCAGCAGCGCCUGUCUGCUCUCAGACGUUAUCAGGACAAACGCCUUCUGGCCCUUUCCAACGAGUCUGAUUCUGAAGAGAACGCCUGUGAGGUUGAAUUGGACACAGAUCUCUUCCCUCGGCCACGGUCACCUAGCCCCGAGGAUGAAUCCAGCAGUUCCAGUAGCUCCAGCAGCUCAGAGGAUGAGGAGGAACUGAAUGAACGCCGAGCCUCCACUCGGCAGCGGAAUGCCAUGCGGCGCCGACAGAAGACACCCCGAGAAGAGAGGCCCAGUGCCCCAAUCAAGCCCACCAACACUUACAUUGGAGAAGACAACUAUGAUUACCCCCAGAUCAAAGUAGAUGACCUCUCCUCCUCCCCCACCUCUUCUCCUGAGCGGAGUACUGCCACUCUGGAGAUUCAACCAAGCCGGGCAUCACCAACUUCUGACAUAGAAUCAGUUGAGCGAAAAAUUUAUAAAGCUUACAAGUGGCUCCGCUACUCCUAUAUCUCCUACUCAAAUAACAAAGAUGGAGAGACCUCCCUAGUGACAGGGGAUACAGAUGAAGGGAGAGCAGGAACCAGCCGCAAAGACAACCCAGCCCCUUCUUCCAGUAAAGAAGCCUGUCUAAACACAGCCACGGCCCUGAGGAAUCAGGACCUGCCCCCUGAAGGCUGCAGCAAGGAUGCUUUUAAAGAAGGGAACUUGCCUAGAAACCCCAGCAAUGGCCCAGGCCACGAGCACAGCAGCCACCCUUGGGCAGAGGCACCAGAAGGCACCUCUCAGGACACUAACAAUGGUGGUUCUGUAGAACACUCUUUUGAAACCAAGAAGCUCAAUGGAAAGGCUCUGAGCAAGGUCCUGAGCAGCCGGGCUGAGGAGCCACCCUCUCCUCCUGUCCCCAAGGCAUCUGGCUCCACUCUGAACAGCGGGUCUGGCAACUGUCCCAGGACCCAGUCUGAUGACGGCGAGGAGAGGAGCCUUGAAACCAUCUGUGCCAACCACAACAAUGGACGCUUACACCCCCGUCCCCCUCACCCCCACAACAAUGGGCAGAACUUUGGGGAGCUAGAGGUGGUGGCCUGCUCUUCCCCAGGACAUUCAGACACUGACCAUGAUAACUCAUCCCUGACAGGAACACUCCUACACACAGAUUGUUGUGGGUCUGAAAUGGCCUGUGAGACCCCGAGUGCUGGAACAAGAGAGGACCCCACUGACCCCCCAGCCACAGACAGCAGCAAGGCUGUUUAUGGCCACAGUGGCCUCAAAAGGCACCGAGUUGAAUUGGAAGAUACAGAUUCAGAGAAUUCCUCAGAGAAGAAAUUAAAAACAUGAUACAUAAGAAGGGAAAACAAAAAGCUACGAAAAGUAGCCUUACAAAAAAAAAAAAAUCCUGUUUAGUGAACACAGAGGAAAGGAAAAACAAGUAUUAAAGGCACAUAAAACCAGGGCCUGAAAUUUUGUGUCUGAUGCUGCUCCCUUCUAUUCAUCAUGUAACAAUGGAUCUGAAUGUCUAGCUGUCUGUUAGCUUGUGCUCUGUUAAGAAAGGGAAAAAAAAUCCAAGUGACUCCUUUCUAGUGAGACUUGAGCAUAGUGUCCCUGUGCAAGGUUCUGUGAAAGUAAACCCUUGUUAAGACGUUUGACUUGUUUUUGUGUGUGUGUGCACACUGGCACGUGUGAGUGCUUUGUCUCCCAAGACCUUUCUUUUAGUUCUCCAUGGAAAGGAUCUGUGGAUCUGCAUUUUUUGCCCUCUUACCCUGUUUACAUGCCAUAGGUGUGCUGGUCUUAAUAAUGAGUGCCUGUUAAAUCAUGUGUUGCCAGUGAGUUGUAGAUUUAUGCAGGGAGAAUGGAAAGGAGAAUGGAAACAGGCCUUCAGCCAAUUGGCUAUGCUGGAGAGGAAAGCAUGGUUUCUUUCUUAAAGAAACUUCCAUGCUUUCUCUAAGUAGCACUUCUUCAUUGAGCAUUUGACGUGAACGUACUAAAAGUAGAGCGUUUUUAAUGCUAAUGAGAGGUUAGCACUUAAGAUCAGAUUGAAAAGAAUAUAGAUCCCUGAUAAAUUUUACUCUUUGAAAAACUGAACAGUGCUGCAAUUUGUACUGUAGGGAGGUCAUAAAAUAUAAUUAGUUUUGGAUAACACACUUUAACCAGUUAGGUGCUAGUUCCCAAGAGGCACUCAAAAGGCCAGCAGGUGCUUUCUUGGCUCCAUGUGAUGGAGUCUAGGCAUAUUGAAAGAAGGGGAAAAGACAGCUCUCAAGAGCUUUGUGCUCAGACUACUAAAGUGGGUGUUGUAGGUAUGUUAAAGAAGUGUAGUGAUGAGCAGAAUGUGGUACUAUAUUCAUUUAAUUCAAUGGAAAACCAUUGGUUAGAAUUGGUGGGACCGGCAUCUUCAGGCUUGUAGUUGACAGAGGCUGUGGAGGUCUGACUAGACUUUGCACAGCAGUAGGCAUCUUAAAGUAACAGAUUCUCAUUGAGUAGGCCUGUUGGGAGGCAGAGGGUGUGGGAGAGGAAUCUCCGGUUUAAGACUCCUGGCUCCCAGAAGAAACUCAGUUUCAUUGAGGUAGAUAAAGAUUGAGAGGGGAAUAGACCAAGAGAUUUUCAACAUUGCAGUGAUGGUUACAGUCACUCGGUUAUCAAUGAAGGAUUGUACCAAACAGGAAGACUUAGGAAUGACCAGAUAUCUUGUUGGUGUAGAUGUCAUGAAAUGUCAGAAUACUGGCAAGAAAUGAAGAGAGAGAGAACAAUGUAACUUUCUUGAGUGCAGAGGUGCUAGAGGGGACCCAGGACUGGUGUAGGGAGGACCUAAGGCAUGGGUAGUGUGGCCUCACUGACGCAGUGUUUCUUUUAGAGGAGGUCCUCGCCUGCUGGAACUGGGACCAAGGGGAGACAUCUGUGGAGGCUGAAGACUUUGGGUGAAUCCAGUGCUGAGGGAGGAGGUUAUUAAUAAAGGAAGGUAGUUGAAGCAAGCCAAAAGGAGAUACCAUCUCGCUAAGCUUUGCAGAAGGGAAGAUGUGCCUAGUUACGUUGAUGCGGCUGGGGUGUGAAAACAGUUUUAGGAGGAGAUGGAGGAUUGUGAUUAGCAGUGGGGAUGCAUACAAUUUAUUAACUGGACUCUUAUUGGGGGAGCGGGAAAGUGAUUCUGUAACCAACACUAGAAUUACUUUGGAUUUGUAAUCAAAAUGGUUCAAUGAUGUGUCUUUGACUAUUAUAGAUAAUUGUAAAUUCCAGUUUUAUAAGCCCAAGUCAUUUUACAUUUGCUUUUCCAAAAUGUAUUAAAUUGGAAUUUUUUAAUCCUUUAUAUACAAAAAAGGAUAUAAUCACUCAGUGUGUGUUUCUCUUCCCCUUCUUAGCCAGCAUACUUAACCCUUAUAUUUUAUUUUAUUUAAGUCUAAUCAGCAGGUAGCCUCUUCUGAAUUCUGUAGGGAUAGUCCACAUAUCUUCCUAGAGAAAAAGGAGUAAGUAGUUAAACUUUCCUUGGGAAUUAGCUACUUGGUGUUUAUACUUCCCAAAUGCAGAACUUGGUCUUCUCAUGUUAAAAGCCUUAAUCUCAUGAGGGUAUUCAAAAGAGCAGUCAACAUUCAUUCUGGUUAACUUUUGAAGCCAAGAAAGAUCAUUUUUAUUUUUAGCAAGGAUGCCUGCCUUUCUUUUGAGAAACUCUUCCCAGCUUCCCAGGUUCACCUACCCAAGAGAUAGGCCCCAUGAGAUACACACAGGAAUAGGCCGAGAAAUGCUUGUUUCUGUAGCCGUCCACCGUCAUUUCCAGAGAUUUUGUGUCUGUGUCCUGGAAACAUGGCAGGAACCACUCCCAGGGUUCCUUUGCCUAAACUCUGGUAGAAUUGAGGCCUGAACUUUGGAGGUGCAUGUAAUCUCCAAAUUCUCCCAUGAUAGGUAUUUUUACUAGCAGGACAGAUGGCACUGAUAAGAUUAAGAACUAUUUGCAAGUGUCUCUUGUUUUUUUCUGUACAUAAAAAAAAAUUUUUUUUUUUAAAGAUGACCGGUAAGGGGAUCUUAACCCUUGACUUGGUGUUGUCAGCACCACGCUCCCUCAAGUGAGCUAACCGGCCAUCCCUAUAUAGGGAUCCAAACCCGUGGCCUUGGUGUUAUCAGCACCACACACUCCCAAGUGAGCCACGGGCCAGCCCUUCUGUACAUAAAGUUUUAAAUGGCAGGUCCAGAUAUAUAAAACCAUUUCUCUUCACUUUGUUUUUCACCUGGUUUUCAAAUGAUUCUCUAGGACAGCAGGAAAACGAGUUAAUGAGUUGUUGGCUUAGGGCAAAUGAAGUUUGCAGCUGUGCUUGCUUUAAUAAGCCAAGAGUCUCUUGUUUGUCUGUCAAGGUGCCUUCCUCUGCUGAAGCCUUACCUCCUCACAAGCCCUGCCUCUUCUCACCCAGCAACGUUAACUCUUCUCUUGUGUAUAUGCAAAUAAACCUGUUACUCACUUCUCAUGUCUUCCUCUUCUCU